CCUACAGGGGUGAUAAAAGUCUGGCUGAGCAGCAGGAGCCCAACUUGACUGGACAGAAGUAUUGGAACAGUGGAGCUUUAGUGAGUCUACUUCUCUUGGACAAAGAGGUACAGCAUGUCCGAAAUGCUCGACAACAUCCUCACGAAGAACUUUGUGAACCUGACCCUGGACGACGCCUUGCUUCAACAACACCAGCCUCCAACUAAAGUCCCAGGCCACGGUCGUCUCAGCCGGUCCGCUUCCUUCUUCGCCCCUCCCUCCCCCACUGCCUCCUCCAGACUCAGUCUCAGCACUGACCAUGUCAACGACGACAACAGCAGCUCCAUCUGGCCCCCCAGCAUUUGGAGCCAGGCCCCGCAGGAGAAACAGCUCCCCUUCAGGCCAGAUCGUGCCAUGAGCCUCACCGAGUCCAGCCUGCUGCCCUCCUUCGGGCAGCUCAACAACCUGGAGGGUUUCCCUGCGGUUCCCGCCACCACCACUGUGGCGCCCCCACCUGGUUUCCCGCCCUCGUCUAACCUGCCUGCUCAGGUCCAGCCGAUGCUGUCGUCCAACCGUUACAAAACCGAACUGUGCCGUGGCUUCCAGGAGACCGGCAGCUGCAAGUACGGCAGCAAGUGCCAGUUUGCUCACGGCGAAGCCGAGCUGCGUGGACUGUACCGCCAUCCCAAGUACAAAACCGAGCACUGCAGAACCUUCUACAACUUCGGCUACUGCCCGUAUGGCUCACGCUGUCACUUCAUCCACGAAGAGAAAAUGAGCGGCAGCCCCAUGGCAUCCAACAAAUUCCAGCGACAGCUUACUUCCUCCAUUUCCGGCGGGCAGAACCCUCGGCACCAACUUCGCCAAAGCGUCAGUUUUGCAGGCUUCCUGGAAAGCUCACGCAGCUCACCUCCGCCGUCAUUCCACGUGUCCUUCAGCGACCCCAACCCGGGGUUCAGCCGCGCUCCGUCUGUCUCCCCGCCUCCCGCAGAUCACACCUCCCCUGUCUUCGGGGACGGUUUGCACCGGGAGCCAGCGGCAUUCCAUUUUGGGAACCAGCGUACCCGAGCCAGCACCGGCGACAUCCACAACAUUCCUCUCAUCAUGGAGCAAAAGGCCUCACGCUGCGUCUGUGGCCAUGGAAAUGACUUUUCCAUGGACAGUAAGAAGAGCAGGAGCUUCGCCAGCAUGGAGGAGGAGAAGGAGCAAGAGCGAGGCUUGCUGCUGGCCGGCCACGUGGGCUUCAUCAAGCCUCCCAGCAUGCAGCGCUUCUCCUCCGAGGACUCGCUGGAAGACAGCUACAGCAGCAGCAGCGGCUCCAGUGGAAGCGAGUCGCCCACCUUUGAUGCGUCCGCCACCAAGAGGCUCAUUGUCUUCGAGCGACUUUCCCUCUCAGACUAAAAUUGGACUUUCCUCCCAGCAAAAGUCCUCCUGACUCGAUAACACUCACCAGUUCUUAAUCCAGGUUUAAUUGGUUGGUCUUUAGAAGAAGAAAAAAACAAACUUGAUUUUAGAACCCGGAUGUAAUUUGAUUGUAUUUUCAUACUUUAAUAACGGUGUAGUCGGUGAGACCUUUAUAUGCGGUCUUCCAUUAGUACUUCAAUUGACAGUGCCAGUCUUUCAGAUCAAAAUGGCAGCGAUCCAUGUGCCUUAACAUUCUCCUUGCCAACGUGCCGCAGAGUUGCAGAGCCAAGAUCCGCACAUUUGACUCACUUGCCUUCUUGAACGAGACACUCGUCCUCGAUGCAAUUGUUAUUAUUAUUUUUUUAAAUCUGUGAAAUGCACUUUACAGCAAAUCCAAUGGGAGAAACUGUCAAGUCUCCCUGUAGCAUUCUACCAAAGCUUCAUCCUAGACUGUGUGUGUGCGAGUGCGUGUGUGAAUGGACGUGCGUCAUCUUGGCUUCCCCCCCCCCCCACCCCGAGACCAGAGGUGCAGGCAGAUUUAAGUAGCACAGCACACAAGAGAUCAAAGUUCGCUAACAGUCGUCGGUUAUUUUCCAUCUGAUUAACAACCCUGACCCGCGUCCACAUCUUUGUUAAUCGCACCCCGGCAUCUUACGCCCCCUGCAGGUUUGACGGCCUCACAUCGGGAUUUCAACACCACAGUAUUCCUUUCUGUUAUCGGUUGCCUAAGCAUUGUUAACUUAAACUAAUGUAUUUAUUAUAUUUAUUUGUGCUUAAAGAAAAAAAUGUAUUUUAUACUUUAUUUAUGAAGAAUUGUAUAAAGGUCUGUGAAAUAUGAAUGUGAGAGCAGAGCAGUAAAAAAAAAAAAGAGAAUCAUAUAUUUUCAAUUUCCUAAACGUGACAAUAAAUUUGUGAAUAUAUAACAAAGCACACUGUUGUCUUUAUUUCUUCCUUCUCUUGCGUGUUUAUUUGCACCAUCACGCCGCCUGGGUUGCUUCAGAUAUAGGUCACUUGCAUAAGUGUGAGAUCGCAGCUUCGUUCGGGAUUACAGCCUUGUGCAACAUAUUUCCUCACCGUCGUCACUUUACUUGAUUCCGCUGGUUGUCAAGGUCAACAGCAACGCAGGGAGCUGAAAACAUGAGCACCUCAUGGCCGCCUUUAUCACCUCAUCCGUGACCUAUUAUAUUAUUUUCAAUAACAAUACCCGUGAUAUCAUCGGCCAUUCCUGCCUCCAUGUGUGUGUUCAUGCCACACACUGUGCUGUUGUGUAUACAGUGCAGGCAGGAUGAGUGUUGCACCUCCACUUCUAAAUCCCAUAUGUUUGGAUUUCCCCUCAUCGCCUCCUACAUUACUCGCAGGAUGCCCUUGAAAACUCCAUCCAGCACGUUCACCUUUCUGUUAAUAAUUGAAACUGUAGAUGUGUGUCUUAGUUCA